UGGUGGGGUCACGUGAUGUGAUAUUAGCUCGCUGACUCUGCUAUGUUUGUCGUUUUUGCUAACGGCUCAGAAAUGCGCCGUUUCUUGCUUUUAACGGUUUAUCGUCGUCCAGGAACGCUCCGUAGCUCCUUAGUGACCUGUUUUCACCGACGCCACUCGCGAAAUUUGACCAAGAAAACGGCCGCUCCAGGCCUGCACGUCACGUGACCCACAUGCGGCGGAGCGUUUGAUAAAAAGAUGGCGUGAGCGCGGCGGAGCGGAGAGGACAACAAACCUGAGCUGUUGAGCGCCGCCGACCGCGAGCCGCAGCGGCCGUCCAAUGGUCAAAUGGAUCCCGGACAGGAUUUACUUCUUGCUGCUCUAAGUGAGAGUGGAAUUUGCCCAAAUGAUAUUGGCCUAUUUGAUGUUGAUUCUCAGGAUGUUGCACAGCCCUCAACAACCCAGCAAUCUAUCUCCAUCAGUGCCCUGGAUGUUAGUGUGGGGACAGACGCAGUGGAAGUUGUUCGACCUGAACCUCCAGCUGCAGUCCCUAUCGUAACUAUCAGGCACAAACCUCAGCCAUCAACCACCACGUUUGUCUUAAAUCAGCUGAAUCAGUUGCCGUCACUUGGAGCUGUUGUGACCAAACAGUCAGCUACCAACCCUAUCAAGCAUACAAUAACUGUCACCAAGGUGGUCCAUGUGGCUAAUUCAGCCCUGCGUGGUUCAUCAACCCCCUCCUCCACAAGUAUUCCUCCUUCAGCGUCCACAGUAGUGCCUUCUAACAGAGAUCAGCAGAUUCAGCUGAAAGAUCUUCUAAGGACUGGCAAUGUGAAGACCACUGGUCUGAAGGGUAACAGUCUGAUGGAGCUCAUGAAGCUAAAGCCUCCACCUGACAUUGCUACACCAGUAGCAACGGCAACAGCCACUGUUCCAGGUGAAAUCAACAAUGGAAUUAAAAAAGAAAUGUUAAGUAAAGAUGCUGCCAGGAUCUGGAUCAAUGAUGACAUUAAACUGCAAAACUUUUCACAUUCUCUGAAACCUCCAGGGAUGAGGGAAGAGGAUGAGCCUGAGGAGGAAGAAGAAGAUGAGCUGGGUCAUGCAGAGACUUAUGCAGAGUACAUGCCGAUGAAAUUGAAGAUCGGCAUAAGGCAUCCUGAUCCUGUGGUGGAGACCAGCUCCCUGUCCAGUGUAAGUCCUCCAGAUGUGUGGUACAGACUGUCCAUCCCUGAGGAAGUCAUCGAUCGUGGCUGCCUGUCUGCGCUGCAGCUGGAAGCUAUCACAUAUGCAGCUCAGCAACAUGAAACAUUUCUCCCCAAUGGCGAUCGAGCUGCCUAUUUGAUUGGAGACGGAGCUGGUGUGGGGAAAGGCCGGACAAUUGCAGGGAUCAUCUAUGAAAAUUACCUCUUGGGCAGGAAGAGAUCACUUUGGUUUAGUGUGUCAAAUGAUUUGAAGUAUGAUGCGGAAAGGGAUUUGAGGGAUAUUGGAGCCAAGAACAUCCAGGUUCAUUCACUGAACAAGUUCAAAUAUGGCAAAAUAUCAUCAAAACACAAUGGGAGUGUCAAAAAAGGUGUGAUCUUCGCUACCUACUCCUCGUUGAUUGGAGAGAGCCAAUCAGGAGGGAAGUACAAGACCAGGUUUGAGCAGCUUCUCCACUGGUGUGGGGAAGACUUUGAUGGAGUUAUUGUCUAUGAUGAGUGUCAUAAAGCCAAAAAUGUGUGUCCAAUUGGAUCCUCCAAACCUACAAAAACUGGACUUGCAGUGUUGGAACUACAGAACAAACUUCCCAAAGCUCGAGUUGUGUAUGCAAGUGCUACAGGUGCCUCUGAACCGCGAAACAUGGCUUAUAUGAACCGGCUGGGCAUAUGGGGACAUAAAACACCCUUCAGGGAAUUUGGCAACUUUAUACAAGCUGUUGAGCGCAGAGGUGUUGGUGCCAUGGAGAUCGUAGCUAUGGAUAUGAAGCUGCGAGGGAUGUAUAUCGCAAGACAGUUGAGUUUUACAGGUGUGACUUUCAAGAUUGAAGAGGUGCCCCUGACUCAACAAUACAUCAAAAUGUACAACAAGUCCGUGAGACUGUGGGUGAGUGCUCGUGAGAAAUUCCAGCAGGCUGCGAACCUCAUGGAGGCUGAGCAGCGCAUGAAGAAGUCCAUGUGGGGUCAGUUCUGGUCUGCCCACCAAAGAUUCUUCAAAUAUCUCUGCAUUGCUUCCAAAGUCCGCCGAGUGGUCCAGCUGGCCAGAGAGGAGGUCCAAAAUGGGAAGUGUAUAGUGAUUGGGCUGCAGUCCACUGGUGAAGCAAGAACACUGGAGGCCUUGGAAGAAGGAGGAGGAGAGCUAAAUGACUUUGUGUCGACUGCAAAAGGUGUGCUGCAGUCCCUGAUUGAGAAGCACUUUCCAGCACCAGACAGACAGAAGCUUUACAGCCUGCUGGGUAUUGACCUCUCGGCAAAGAAGACGCCAUCUCCCAACGACACUGCAGCAGAACCUGAGCAGAAAGGCAAGAAAAGGAAAGGUUCUGAGGUCAAAAAGCAGCCGAAAAAGAAGCCUCGCAAGCAUGGUGGUCUGUCAGGUACUAGUUCAGAAGAGAGCCAGUCAGAUGAAUCGGACAAAGACUCUGGUAAAGACUGCGACAGCGAUGACAGCUUCAAAUCCAUCAGCUCAGCGGAUGAAGAUGAUGAUUUCAACCCAUUCAGAGAUGAGUCUGAUGACGAUGAGGAAGAUGAUCCAUGGCUCAUCAGAAAGGAACCAAAGAAAGGGAAAGAGAAGAAGAAGAAAAAGAGAAGGAAGAGUAUUGAUCCAGACUCGAUUCAAAGUGCCUUGUUAGCCUCCGGACUGGGUUCCACCAGGCCUGCUUUCACUGCCUCAGUUAACCCUCCUAGCACACCUGCCACAGUCAAGGCAGAGAGUCAGGAUAGCUGCCUAACAAGUCAGGACGCAGUGGAACACGCCCAGAAAAUGAAGAGAGCUCUGCUGGAACAGCUCGAGGAGCUGGCAGAGGAUCUACCUCCCAACACUCUGGAUGAGCUGAUAGAUGAACUGGGAGGGCCUGACAACGUAGCUGAGAUGACGGGUCGUAAAGGUCGUGUGGUCAGUAAUGACGAUGGCAGCAUCACCUAUGAGUCUCGCUCUGAACUGGAUGUCCCAGUGGAAAUCCUCAAUCUUACAGAGAAGCAGAGGUUCAUGGAUGGAGAGAAGAACAUAUCCAUCAUCUCAGAAGCUGCAAGCUCAGGUAUAUCCCUGCAAGCUGACCGUCGGGUGAAGAACCAGCGGCGGAGAGUCCACAUGACUCUAGAGCUGCCAUGGAGUGCAGACAGAGCUAUACAACAGUUCGGUAGAACUCACAGAUCAAACCAGGUCACCGCUCCAGAAUACGUCUUCCUCAUCUCAGAGCUCGCAGGAGAGCAGAGAUUUGCAUCCAUUGUUGCUAAAAGACUAGAAAGCCUGGGUGCUCUCACUCACGGAGACAGAAGAGCAACAGAAACUCGAGAUCUUAGCAGGUUCAAUUUUGACAACAAAUACGGCAGAAACGCUCUGGAAAUUGUGAUGAAGUCGAUCGUGAAGCUCGAUGCUCCAUUAGUGUCUCCGCCCUCUGACUUUAAAGGGGAUUUCUUUAAAGAAAUUCAGAGUGGAUUAAUAGGUGUGGGUCUCAUAAAUGUGGAGGACAGAUCUGGUGCGCUGUCGCUGGACAAAGACUACAACAACAUGGGGAAGUUCCUGAACCGGAUCUUGGGCAUGGAGGUCCAGCAGCAAAAUGCCUUGUUUCAGUAUUUUUCAGACACGCUGGCAGCAGUGAUUCAGGAAGCCAAGAAGAAUGGCAGAUAUGACAUGGGCAUUCUCGACCUCGGCUCUGGUGAUGAGAAAGUGAAGAAGGUAGACUGCAGGAAAUUCCUAACACCAGGCUAUACAACAUCCGGACAUGUGGAACUCUACACUGUGAGUGUGGAGAGAGGAAUGUCCUGGGAAGAAGCCACACAUGCUUGGGCAGAGCAGAAUGGAUCAGAUGAUGGCUUCUAUGUACAGAUGAGAAACAACAAGAAAACAGCCAUACUGGUGAAAGAGGUAAACACCAAGAAGAGGCUGUUCCUGGUGUACAGGCCAAACACAGGCAGGCAGCUCAAACUGGAGACAUACACAGACAUCAAGAAGAAGUUUAAAAAGGUUUUAUCAGAAGAUGCCAAGCAGCACUGGACUGACCAGUAUCAGUCGUCAGCAAAAAUAUGCUCUCAUGCAUUUUGGCGUGGUAAUUGUAAGAAAGCGUCGGUGGGUCUGCAGUGUGAAGUUGGCCUUCGGUGUCGGACAUAUUAUGUUCUGUGUGGCUCAGUGCUCAGUGUGUGGAAUGAGCUGGAGGAGGUGCUUACCCCCGUCAGCGGAACCAACGUAAAGGUGCAGAUUGUCCGCCUCAGAACUGAAGAUGAUCAGAGGAUAGUUGGACUGAUCAUUCCAGCGAACUGCGUGUCUCCGUUAAUCAACAAGCUCUCGACAUCUCACCAGUGCCAGCAGUUGGCUGUGCAGGAGCAGCAAAAGCGGCAGCAGCUCCACCCUCAGAGUCUCAGUCAUGCACCCAACACAUAGUUUGGGGACCUUAGUCCCAUCUUCACCUGUCGAGUUGACGUCCCGCUUUGAAGGGAUCAGGCUCCGUUGUGUCUUUGCACUGCAGGCUCCAGGACCGCUGUCCCCUUGUUCUGCACCCUCAGUCCUCUUAUCACCCCUGAGGGUCAGACAUGUCAAACCGGGCCAUGUUGACUGUCCGAUGUAAAGCAGUGGCUGUACAGAGAAAAGUCUUUUUUUUUUUUCCUUGUUCUAAUCUCCAGAGACUCUAGUUUUCACCUACAGAAAUUUGACAGGUGACAUAUUGUACUCUGACAUUCAGAGUGAGAAGAUUUGUGAUAUGUUGAUCAAACCAAGAAGGCACGUUGAUCUGAGUGACUCACUCCUCACCCAUGCUUUAAGCUGUUCAGUCUGGACCAUCCGAGUAUGAAGCAAAGACUUUUUCUGGGUCUGGACUGAAGGUGGAUGAAACAAAACCACUAAAGUCUGAUGAUUCAUUUAGAUGGGCAUUUAAUGUUUAAUUACAAACCUACAUUAAUGUAUGAUGAAAUCUCAUCAUACUGGACGUCCUCCAGCACUGUUGCAGUGAAAGAUUUAGUUCUUUGAAGAAGAAAAAGUGAUGCCAUUUCCUCUAAGAAACUUAAUUUGUGCUGAUUUACUGACUCUGAACGAAGACAAAAAUGUCAUAACCGUCAGGAUCCACUUGCAUCUGAAUCACAGACCAACUUGUUUUGCUCUUUUCUGUUUCGUACACGGGUCUCAAAUUUAUCCUUUAAUCAGGUUCCUUGGUUUGCUUUAUUUCACCAUUUUGUUCCUUUGUCCAUUUUGUAACAUGAACAGCUGGGAGUUUGUCAAGCGUGCCUUUGUGUUAGUACAACAGCUACUGCAGUCAAGCACCUUUACAAAACAUUAUCAAGGAGAGAUUUGGUUAUUUUAGUGUCAGCUGACCUGUAUUUUCUAUUUAUAGUGCAUGAAAGUAAGGAAAUAUUCAGACAGUUAAAACAUUUAGGCAAGUUUCUGGUUGAGUCAGUGGACUUUAAAUAUUUAUAAGCAGUGUUCAGACAUUUAUUCCACUUACAGGUUUGUGACCUGUAAUGUAGUUAUUUUAUCUGUUCAUAUGCAGCAGCAUCCACUUUUACAUUACCACAGGAAGAAAUAUUAUCUGUUGACAAGUAGAUUACUGAACACUUAAAGCUACGUUACAGUGUUGCAAAUCACUUUAACCCUUUGAUACCCAACAUGGGUGAAAAAUGACCCAAAUCUAAUGGAAAAUUGGUUUCUCCUGACCCAAACUGCACAUCAAAGGGUUACUAAGGCUUUUAAACACGAAGUAAGGGGUCUUAAAUUCAGGUGUUGGAUAGAAUGUUGCUGUAGUGUUCCUACAUUAUUCCCAGCCCAUUACAAUACUGUUUUUCUUGACUAGGUCUUUCCCUUGACUUUGUCAGAUUCAGUCUGUGUGGAUGUUGCUGAUACCUAAACAGCAGCAGAAACCGUAAAAUAAAGCAGCCAAGGAAUUCUGAGAAAUGUGAAAUGCAUGUCCUCGACAGCGACCAUCAUUUAUGAGGUUCCGGAGUCUUCAGCGUCGUGUCCUCUUCUGUGUGCUUUUCUUUUGUUGCCUUUCUUUUUUUUCUUUUUCCUAAAAAUGGAAAUAUGCUCAGGGGUUAAACUCAUACAAAGACCCAAAUGAAAGAAAAUGUAUUACUGUGUAUCUGAAAUGCAUGACCACCAACAUCAAUCCUCCUCGGACACCUGCUCAGUAACGUCGCUCCGUGUUUGGCUGUACUUGCAGCUUCACCGUACGUGUUUCAGACUGAGUUGUAAUUCAACUCUGCUUCUGUUGUAUAGUGCACCUCUUCUGUUGAGCCUCCUCAGUCCUUAACUGCAUUAAUACUCCGUCUGCACUGGAAGGGACAGACCAGUCUGGAUGCAGGAGCUGUCCUAAUGGUUGAUAAUUAAAUACAGGAUGGUCACACACAUCCCGAACCUGUGGAUUAGUUACUGGUAUUCAGUGUGUAUUUGCUCUUGUACUUGAUGCAUUUAAAACAGGUGAAAUAAGUAUAAGUUUUUGUAUCAUUUGUAUAAUUUGUAAAAGGAUCCAAACUGAAAUUCUUCAGCACAUCUCAGUUGUUGAACAGUACCGAGACAGACCUUAUUUAUUAAGUUCUGCUCUUAAAUUGAAAGUGUUCUAACUAGAAUGUGCACCAUGUAUCAGCCAACAACUUCUGUUUUUAUUUUGUCUUCUGGGACGUUAUUUACAUGGGCUGCUGACUCGGUUACAUUGUUUUUGAAUGCCGUUUAAAUGUCUCGGCAGAUCGGCUCUUCUGAAGUUGAAACACUUGAAGGACUUUUUUUCCCCUCCCUUUCUAUCAUUGCACGAGUUGCACUACUGACAAGAGUUGUACAAAAACUCAACAUUACAUGUACAUGAAUGAGUGCAAUGCUCAAUAAAGCUUGGUAUACUUCUA